AGGCGCUUGCCGAACAACGUUCCCAUCGCAGGAACACAAAUAGAAACAAAUACGGCGUACGUAAACCGACUCGGACAGCCAUGUCCCUCCAAUUUGCUCCCGUCACUAAAUCCCUCCUCGUCUUCCUCAGUGCGAGCACUUUGUUCGUCUCCCUCUUCGAUAUCGGCCCGUCGCUUGCCCUCCCACCGACCCUUGCGCAACCCUAUCGCGCUUUCACUCAUGCCGUCUUCCUCCCCGACUCGCCCUCCCUGCUCCUCGCCCUCUUGCUCCUAGUCCAGACCGCUCCGACGCUCGAGAGGAGGUUGUCGUCGCGUCAUCUCGCCGCGCUGCUCUUCAUCAUCGCGCCCCUUGGGCCUGUCGCGUUGACCGCCGCGUGUGUGUACACCCAUGCCGUGCUGGUGCCCCCGUCGUACACCUACUCGGUCGGGUUCGUGACGCUCACGCCACAUGCCGCGACGUGGGUCCUCCUCGCCCUCCUCGCCCUCCUCACCUCACCCGUACUUGCCGUCCUGGGCGUCCUGGCAGCCGUCGUGUACCGGUCCCCUCUCUUGCCCCUCCCGAUAAAGCGCUUCCGCCCCCCGCUCCCAUUCGUUCCCGAUACUCCCACUGUGCCGAGGUCCAGGCGCGCGUUUCCCAGCCCGGUGUCUGCCACCGCCGCUCCUUCUGCCAGUUCCAUGCGCGAGUGGGUGACCCAGCUCACGCCGGCGACUCCAGGCGUACGUGCACCGCCAGAGGAGGAGAUUGUCCAGGUGACGAAUAUGUUUCCGGAUUUGUCUAGAGAGGCCGUCGUGGGUGCUCUUCAGCGCAGCCCCAAUGUUACCGCAGCCGUCGAUACAUUGCUUAGUAGUAGUUAAUACAUUGGUUUAUUAGCGUGAAUGACGACUCUUCAAGCUAUCCAACAAUGCUUCCACGUCUUUUGCUGCACUUUUUCUUUUGCGUU